UUCAAAACAGACCACGAAAUAGAUGAAGUCGGUUUGUUUAUGUUAGCUCGCUAGCAAACCAUAACUUGUAUUCCACUAAAAUAGCGAAAAAUUUUGCUAGCUACACUAAAAUAACAUGUCUCAAGUGACUAGAUUACAAAUAGCAAUGGACGCGGAAGAAAUUGUUGCCCAACUUAACAGAAAAGAAUUGCGCAAGCAGCAGUUGAUAGAGUACUUAGCAGCAAAAGGAAGACUGAAGCCACCAAACCCAAAACCUUAUCUUCGAGAUGCCGUUAAAGCAAAGCAGAUCACCAUGUCUACCGUGAAGGAUGAUCUGGACCCGGGAAAAGAGAACAGGGGUCCAAAUACUCUCAAGAUGAAAAAGAGAGUGGUGAAGGUUCAACCUCUGAUGGCCAACGCCGUUUCCCAAACCACAGGCACCUUCUGCAGUACCACCAACAAACAGAGCUCCGCCAACGGUCUCCUCUCUGCAGCAUCGAGUACCGCACAUCUCAACGUGCUCAAAGGCAUUACAAAGCCUUCUGCGAUUGCCCCAAGUCACUCAACCAGCCUGAAGAUGGCUCCAGCCAGAUCACAAUCUACUGUCCCUACCAAAAGAUGCCCAGGCACCACCAACCAACCCAGAACACAGCCUAAUCCAGCUGUUAAAGUCGGCAACACACGCCCUAGCUCAGCCAUACCCCUGGCAAACACUGGUAGAACACAUUCAGCCAACACAACCAGACCAAAGUCAAAUAUUACUGUGAAACCCGCUAACACUCUCCACACAGCCGGCACGCGGCCCAGCACAGCCGGCACGCGGCCCAGCACAGCCGGCACGCGGCCCAGCACAGCCGGCACGCGGCCCAACACAGCCGGCACGCGGCCCAACACAGCCGGCACGCGGCCCAACACAGCCGGCACGCGGCCCAACACAGCCGGCACGCGGCCCAACACAGCCGGCACGCGGCCCAACACAGCCGGCACGCGGCCCAACACAGCCGGCACGCGGCCCAACACAGCCGGCACGCGGCUCAACACAGCCAGCACGCGGCCCAACACCGGUAGUGCCAGAAUGAGUCUGAGCACAAUGGUUAAAACCAAGACAAGUCUUGUGUCUGUCCAGGUGCAGCCUAGAAGCACCACCGUCCCUGCUCCAGCAUCAGUCUCCUUCACCCCCCUGGUCUUGAACAGAGCAUGCCCAAGCACCAGCCCAGUCCCAGCUGUGACCCAAAAGCCACCAGUUACUACUCAGAGGAGAACGAAUCCCUUCACUGGCGUGAGUGAGACUAACCAGAGGACAACUGCCUUGGCUGCGGACAAUGGGCAAAGGAGGAGCCAAGCUGUGAGCAGGACUGAUUCCAAACCACUCCCAGAGAGAUCCAGUAAACCAGCAGGGCAGAAACAACCUGUCACUGGACCUAAACCCAUCAUCCAAGGCCCUACUGGUCCUGGGCACAAGACUGCAGCUACGAAGCCAGGUGAUAUUCAGAGGGCUGCAUCACAGCACAGGGCCGAGGCUAGAGGAGCAGGAGCCAGCACUCGGAUAUGGAAGGCUGCCUCUCGAGCCUCCACCGGGAUAACAGGAAGCCAAUGGCAGAACAUGGCUCUGAGUAGGGCCAUGCAUGCAGCUGUGGCUGCGAUGGGACAGAAAAGCAGCGCAGAGGAAAACCGAGACAUGGAGAGUGGGUCGGCAGACACCGACACCAAGAAUGAACCCAAUGCUCCAUCGCCCUCAUCAACACCUCCGGCGUGUUGGCCUAGGCCUCACAGCAGCACAGCAAGUGGUGUGUGGAUCCCCCAGACGGUGCCUCGCUCUGCCAAAAAGUCCAGCCAUGGCCAGGAGGAGGUGGGGUGGGAGGCUGGUGUUGGCCUUAAGACACCCAGAGACCAGGCCAGGGUCGUGCCCAAGACCGAGGGCCGCAGGAAGAUGACAGCUGCCCAGGAAGAGAGAAUGCAGAAGCUCCAGGAAUGGCGUGAGAACAGGGGCAUCUCCUACAAGCGUCCCCCCAUGCCGGUGAGGCCUCCUCGGGUGCGGCGCACCUUGGCCCUUCCUCAGGCUUACUGGGACGGUAUGGAGGAGGAAGUUGAGGCCAGGUCUCUGGUUGAAGCUGUGGACCGGUGCCUGGCUGACUGCAUCAAACUGCUGAAUGAGGGCUGCCAGUCCUCCCAGGUGCAGGAGAUGCUGUCCACUGUGCCCAUGGCCGAGAAGUUCUCCAAGUACUGGAUCUGCCAGGCCCGUCUGAUGGAGCGCCAGGGCAACCUGGAGGUGCUGCCGCUGUUUGAAGAGGCUGUACGAGUGGUGUUAGAGCCAGUAGACGAGCUGCGGACUGUUGUGUUUGAGAUGCUGAAAAAGAAGGAAGAGACACAAGGUCAGUCUCCCGUAACAUCGGCGCAGCAGCAGCCUGUAAGAGAGCAGGAUGACUUUCUGGAGCUUCACUCUACACCAGACCCCAUGGCCACACCCACAGCCGUCAAAGCCCUGAUCCGUGGUGACCGAGGAGGCUCGUCUGUGGUCAAGUACAAGAUCACCGCCACUCCAGGUGGUUUCAGGAGCCAGAAGAGGGAGUCGGCGGUGGCCCGCGUGUUGGACGGACAGGAGCUGAGAUUCUUCACGCCCGUCAGGCGCUCGGUGAGGAUCGAGAGGUCUGCGCUCUUCUACCCCGCCUCCCUGCAGGAGCACGACCUAUGUGUGGCCUCCUUCAAUGACCUGAUGGCCCAGCAGGAUGAGAGAGAGGGGGAAGGGGAGGGAGACAAAGAGGGGGGAGGCAGCGCCGGGCCCGUCCCAAACGGUCAUCUGUACGUGUACAGAGAGAACGGUGCGCUGAGAGACAAGGUCAACAUCCAGCUGGUCUACGCUGAGGAAGAAGACUAACGGGCUGUGUCCAAGUAGUGUAAAGUGGCUUCCUCUCCUGCUUUAGCCUGAUCUACCAGUACAGGAAAAGGGAGGUGCUGGAUAUGAUGCCCAUAUCCAGCACCUGUCCUGUCCUCACCUGGGAAUGUAGCUUACACCUGUCCAGUUGUAUGUCCUUCAGUGCAUGGUCACAUUCCUUAGUGGCGAGCUGUAGUAAAACAAACAGUUCUGAAAGACACCUGGGGGGUGAGUUUGUCAAUCUAAACUUUUCUGUACAGAAUGGUGCAGGAAGAGCCUGUCGAUCCAUCUGUCUGGGGGUCAUGCAUAGAUGGGUUUCCAACUCGACAGUUACUCAUUUGUAUGUCAAACCAAAAGCAUCCAUUGACUUUUUAGAUGGACUUUUGUUUUUUAAUGCAAACUGUGGUACGGUUUUUUAUAAAGAUUGUACAUACAGUUGAAGUGGGAA